GCGGCCGAGGGCACCCUUUCCAGCCAACUCCGGACCGCAAGGCUGCGGGGGGGACGCCGGGCUCUGCCGGAGGUCGGGGGACAUGGCUAGAAAGGCUCUCAAGUUUGCUUCAUGGACCAGCAUGGCUCUUGCUGCCUCUGGUGGCUUCCUCUACAGUAACAAGUAUCUGGACCCUAAUGACUUUGGUGCCAUCAGGGUGGGCAGAGCAGUUGCUACGACAGCUGUCAUCAGUUAUGACUACCUCACCUCCCUGAGGAGUGUUCCCUAUGGCUCAGAGGAGUACUUUCAGCUGCGAUCCAAGGUGCACCUCCGCUCUGCCAGGCGUCUCUGUGAUCUCUGCUGUGCCAACCGGGGCACCUUCAUCAAGGUGGGCCAGCACCUGGGGGCUCUGGACUACCUGCUGCCCGAGGAGUACACCAGCACGCUGAAGGUGCUGCACAGCCAGGCCCCGCAGAGCAGCAUGCAGGAGGUCCGCCAGGUCAUCCGGGAGGACCUGGGCAAGGAGAUCCAAGAUUUGUUCCUGAGCUUCGAUGACACCCCACUGGGAGCAGCAUCCCUGGCCCAGGUCCACAAGGCAGUGCUGCGUGAUGGGCGGACAGUGGCUGUGAAGGUCCAGCAUCCUAAGGUCCAGGCUCAGAGCUCGAAGGACAUUCUUCUGAUGGAGGUGCUUGCCCUGGCUGUGAAGCAGCUGUUCCCAGAGUUUGAGUUUAUGUGGCUGGUGGAUGAGGCCAAGAAGAACCUGCCUUUGGAGCUGGAUUUCCUCAACGAAGGAAGGAAUGCUGAGAAAGUGGCUCAAAUGCUGAAGCAGUUUGACUUCUUAAAGGUCCCCCGGAUCUUCUGGGAGCUGUCCACCAAGCGGGUCCUCCUGAUGGAGUUCGUGGAGGGCGGGCAGGUCAACGACCGCGACUACAUGGAGCGGAACCGGAUCGACGUCAACGAGAUCUCCUGCCACCUGGGCAAGAUGUACAGCGAGAUGAUCUUUGUCAACGGCUUCGUGCACUGCGAUCCCCACCCGGGCAACGUGCUGGUGCGGAAGCAUCCGGACACCGGCAAGGCAGAGGUCAUCCUGCUGGACCACGGUCUCUACCAGGUGCUCACGGAGGAGUUCCGCCUGGACUACUGUCACCUGUGGCAGUCUCUGAUCUGGAUGGACAUGGAGGGGGUGAAGAAGUACAGCCAGCGCCUGGGGGCCGGGGAUCUCUACCCCUUGUUUGCCUGCAUGCUGACAGCCCGGUCCUGGGACUCGGUCAAUAGGGGCAUCAGCCAAGCGCCAGUCACUUCCUCCGAGGACUUAGAGAUCCGCAACAACGCCGCCACCUACCUCCCCCAGAUCAGCCAGCUCCUCAACCACGUGCCGCGCCAGAUGCUGCUCAUCUUCAAGACCAAUGACCUGCUGCGCAGCAUUGAGGCCACCCUGGGCACCCGCGCCUCUGCCAGCUCCUUCCUCAACAUGUCACGGUGCUGUGUCCGGGCGCUAGCCAAGCACAACAAGAAGAAUGCCUGUUCGUUCUUCAGAAGGACCCAGAUCUCUCUCAGCGAGGCCUUGAACUUGUGGCAGAUCAGCCUUCACGAACUCCUGCUGCGUGUGAAGGGGCUGAGGCUGCCCGGCUGGGUCUCGGCCCUGCUUUGCUGGCUCUUUCCUGUUUCACUUUGAGCUACUCCUUAACUCCUGCCCCUUCGUGGUGGAUUUCCACUCCUGUCUUUCCUGCGUUCCCUGACUCCACCCACCUUCUCUGCCCCAUAGUGGUCAGGAGUCCCGGGGUCCCUCAUGGCCUGUGGCACCAUCAUGCUUCACCUUUGGAAUCCCUGUGCCCACACUUGUCUCAGGUACCGUGGACGAGGUUUCUGUCCUUCCCCAGGGAGAAGAUGCAGUAGCCUACUUCCCACUGCUGUGUGGCCACUGGCUGGACGCCACCCCCAUUUCUGGUCACCCAUUCUGUUUUCAGGAUGGACCACACGUGCACGGAGAGCACAUUUAACUCAUAGGAAGUUUGAUUUUGUCAGAGGUGAGCAUGGUCCCUGACCCUGAGGGAGAACAGGCUUCCUCUCCUUGCCAUGUCACUCCCCAGAGGUGCCAUCUGAGUGUGUCACUGCUGCCACAGUGACCCUGUUGGUGUUUUAUGUAUCGUGUUUCAGUAAAUCCCUCUCAAGUUUGCAGGGUUGUCUGUCCUGACUCACUGGUUCCCCCCCUGCCUUGGCCACAUGCCCGUUCAGACUGUGUCCCUGGCCCUUGCCACACCACUUAGAGCAGCUCUAGGAAGACCUGGGAGAUGAAGUCAGAGUUUGGUUGAUGGCAUUUUUAUUCCACACUGGCCAGUAGUGGACUUGAACGCCUAGUGCCAAGAGGGUCUUCUGCCUGGCAUCCUCCCUUGCGAUCCUUCCAAGCUGGAAGAAGCCUUUUCCUCUCUGGGGCCACUUCCCACUUCCUGCUUCUUGGCGGCUUCUCCUUCCAUCCAAGUCUCUGAGGCCUUGAUUGGAGGAGGUCAGCAGCUCAGAGCUCGGCGGAAGCCUCAGGCUGUUUUCUGUGGGUUCUCACCUCAUUCCCUUGACCUGGGCCACCUGUCUUACCCUCUGUUUCUCUUUUGGUGACCCCAGCUUCAGGGGUGCGCUUGCACCUGGUCUUCCCAGUCCUUCUGAAGACUCUGGUCCUGUUCCUGAACACCGGGUCCCUGGCUGGGCUUCCCCUCCGAAACUCCCAGGCACCUGUUGAAUUGUUUCUACCUGUCACCUGCACCUUCCCCCCAGCUCCAUCAUCUGCUCCUCUGUUUGGGACACCCCUGCUCUAACUCCUGUGGCCACAUGGUCUCCAGGUCCCCGAGACCUCAGAUCUGGCAGGUCCCCACUCCUUGAGCACCCAUGUGCACAGAUGCCGAUUGUAUCUGGGUCUCUCUUAUUUUCACCCAAUCACAGGGGUGAAAAUCCCUGAGCCCGAGUCUCAUUUUUCUAUUCCCUUUAUUUAUAAGACAACCAGCAGAUUUUCUAGUGAUCAGAGAUGACUGCAAUCCUUUUAUUUCCUAAAAGAAUUGAUUGUUCUUAGUGACCAGUUGGAUGGACCCAGGGGCCUAUGAGAAUAAUUUGUAAGAUCUGUUAUUAAUCACGAAGAUGUGCUGCAUAUUCUGUUUUGUGGUAUCUUUUAUAGCCACUGAAGUAAAUAGAAAUGUCCUUUCUG